AAUGCCACAAGCGCACAAAUAAUCAAAUAAAAAAUUUUUCGUAAUGUUUUUUUUAUUAUAAAUUGUGUGAAUUUUCUUAGGUUUCAACAUUUAUGUGUUAAAUUAACAAAAAAAUCAAGCUUUAACCUCAGAAAAUCUUCCAACUAAAACCUAGCGAAGCCCCAAUUAGUUAAAACAAUUUAAAACCGGUAAAAAAAAUCACAAACAACAUUACCAAGUUACCUACCUAACUUUGUGCUUACUCAUUGGCUUUGGGUGACAAGUAAUAAGAAAAAAUUACAACAAAAAAAUAGUUCCAUGUAACAAAAUAAAAAGAAAAUCUCCCCCAAGUGAAAGUGUAACAAUUUUGUGAAAAUUGCAAAUCUGUUUUUUUUAUUGCGAGCAAUAAAAGCUGUUUCGGUGUGAGAGAAGCAAAAAAGGCGAUAUAAGUUUCCAUUAGUAGUAAAGCAAAAAACACCCACGUCUUGUAAAGAGCGUUGUUGUUCGGUUUUGUUUGUUAAUAAAACGAUAGUUGCAAAGAAGUUUAGAAACUCAUCACUAAACGGAAAAAAAAGCAAGACACACAUUCUGUAAGGUUUCUUUGAAAUUCGAAAAUCCAAAGUGUUUGCCAGCUUGACCUGUAAUUACAGAAAACGUACAUAAAAAACAACAAUUCAUAUUGUAAAGAACUUCUCUGUGGCAGAGGGUAAACGAGAGACGGAUUGUUGACUAACUACCUGUUUCCCUGCAUGAAACAAUGCAAAGCCAACGAUAACAACAACAACAACAACAUAUGAGACCGUUUUAUAUACAAAAGGAAUAGUCAGUCGUAGCCGCACAAAAAAUCAUACAAACCAAAUAAUACAAUUGUGUUGUAGUGUGUAUACUAACGACCAUGCAUGUGUGUAAAGGUGUGCGUAGUGUUUUUAUAUAAAUAAUAACAACAACAAUGAUAAAAUCUUUGAUUCGUCUUUAUGUUGUAUUCUAAUAGGCUUUAUGAACGAGAGUGUUUGCAAGUGAAUCUCCUCCCGGUAAAUCGUUUCGGAGUUUUUCGUUCUUCUAUGCGGCAUUGUUUGAUUUAUGUUGAGAAAAUUCCAAAUGUAAUAAAUGUUUCACCCAUCCACAAAUCCAUUACUCUCAACUCUUAGGUGCGAGUAAAAAUAUAGAAAGCAUAGGCACCUGUUACCUGUAGCAAUACAAGGUGCAACGCCAACAGCAAUACUGAUUGCAAAAAGUGUUUUGAGCAUUCUAUCAAAUAAAUGUUCUAAGGAAAAAGGUGGCUAUUGUUGACGCUCUGGCAAUUCACCUCUCCAUUUUUUUUGUUGGUGUGACUCUCUGGUUUCUCUCACCUUAGUAAUUGACAUUUUCAUCAUUUUGUAAUUACGAUCGUUUGUACCUGUUGAAUGUGAGGUUUUGUGGCUGCAUUUACCACCAACAGAAACUCCAAAACACAAGGUUGCCACAGUGUUUCUUGCAGCUAGGGACAUACGAAAAAGACGUUCUCUAAGUGCUUUAGAACUCUAACAAUUUGUACCAAUUUGUUUAUUAAGGCGUUCUUGUCUACCAAGUAACCACUGGGAACACUUUCAACAUUCUUAUAUUGAAGACAUAAAACUACUGCAUCACUAUGGCUCCCAUGCCUGGCAUUAAAAACCCAACGACAAAUGCUCCCAAUGCCAAUUACCUAUUUGCUGCAGCUGUCUCAGGUGAUAACAGUCCUACGCCUUCCAGCCCUCCCUCCAGUACAGAUCCCGGCAAAUCACAAUGCUCUUCCCUAUCGGAUGGUGAAUCUUUUGAGGGCUAUGGUGAAAAUGAAUUGGGCAGCAUACACCUCUCACAUUCGGCUCAUGAAGAUCAUGUAGAUCAUGCUUUAUCCUCAACCGAUACCAAUGGCAAUCUGAAUGGCAGUUCAGGCGUGGAAUUAGAUUUGGCUCCACAUGGAAAUUCAUCCACACCACAACAUGAUGAUGACUUGAGUUUUAUACCACGCGAUAAUUGGACACGCAUGAGUCUGCGACGCACGCCCACCAAAAAUCCUGAAAGUUUAGCCCACCGUCGCUGGGGAUCAUUGAGACACUCCGGUCGAAGGCAAUUAGGCUCCAAUGCCUUAGCCACUCAACUCUACAGAUCAUCGAGUUUCAACUCAUCUGGUCGUAGUUCCAACUGUGAUACAACAGACGAAAUGUACGACUGCAGUCUGGAUAAUGUGCAAGAUAUUAAUUAUAAGUUGGAAUUACUGCAAAGACAGGUCACAGAUUUGGCUGACACUCAGGUAAUAGCGGAAGAUCGCACCACACGCACAAAGACCGAAUAUGCUGUACUGCAAGCCCGGUAUCACAUGCUCGAGGAGCAAUUUCGAGAGUCUGAACUGCGUGCCGAAGAACGUUUAGCUGAAGAACAAAAACGCCAUCGUGAAUUAUUAGCUCGCGUCGAACGUGAGGCCUCUUUGCAAAAUGAAAAUUGCCAAAUUAAAAUCAAAACCAUUGAAAUUGAGGCAAAUGCUUUGCGCGAAGAAAACCAACGUCUGCGCGUGCUCUGUGAUAAGCAAGCAAGUGAUUUGCAUCGUACCGAGGAGAAACUGGAAUUGGCCCGUGAUCAAAUUGUCGCCAUGCAACAAGAAAUCGAUGAGGCUAUGCAAAAGGAGCGUAAAUAUGAGCAGGAUAAGAAAACUUCGGAGGAGUUAAUGUUGGAGUUGAGCAAAGAAUUGGAACGUUUGAGAGCGGAAACUGGACCUGCCAUGCCCACCACCUCACCUGAGGCUAUAAGACUGGAAGAGUUGCAUCAGGAAUUGGAGGAGAUGAGGCAAAGGAAUAAAAGUCUGGAGGAACAGAAUGAAGAACUGCAGGCGGCUGUGUUAACCCGCGGUGUUGAAGAAGGUCGCCAUCUUCUGAAUGGCACCCUGAAUAGUUUGGCUCAAGAAUUGGAAGAAAUGUCACAAGCACAGGAUUCUGUGGAUUCAACCACAUUAGCCUCCUUAAGUCAGUUGCAACAAGCCUUCCAGGAGAAAGAGGAAGAAAAUACCCGCCUUAAACAUUACAUCGACACAAUUCUCUUGAAUAUUGUCGAGAAAUGUCCACAACUUUUGGAAGUCAAAGCCAUAAACAAUAAUAAAAAAUAAUCCAAGGCCAAUUUAUUAUAAAAUCUCUAAGCUAAUUUAAAAAAAGAAAAACAAAUAAUAAUUUAGUUACGAAAUCCUUUACGUUUUUUUUUUUUUUUUAAAUAGAAUUAAGAAAUUAUGCAAAACACUUAAUACUAUAAAAAUCUUUAGUUGUAAUAAUUUAAAAAAAUAAUAAUAAAAUUAAUAAUUCCCCUCCUAUAAAACUUUACAAACAAAAAUCAGAAAACAUCCUAAUCAUUAUUGUUAAAAAUUAUACAUAUACUAUAUAUUAUUUUGUAAAAAGCAAUUUACUAAAAAACAAAAAAUAAACGUCCCCCCCUUCAACAAAAAAUCUUAGUUACCCUUAACAUAUUGUUAGAGAAUUAUACAGAUCAGUUAUACUACUUAUGCCUAGAUAGAUAGUUUUGUAAAAUAAAGUCUAAGAGUCCCCAUUUUGGUUUAAAAACGUCAUCAUCAACAACAACAAUUUGUUAAUGUUGCCAAAUUCUAUGUUUUUCUUGUUAAAUUUUAACCUGAGGUGUAUUAUACCAUAAAUUUAAAUUAAAUGAUGUUUGUGUAAAAUUCAAGAGAUUUUUUUAAAAAAUUUAAUUUUUAGCAUAAUUUAUUGCAAAUCAAAAUACUACUUACAUUCAUGCAAAAAUUGUUAAUGACUCUGUAUCCUCCCCCCCCCCC